AUGAGGGCUGGUUUUUUGUUCGUUCUACUUGGUGCUUUAACGUUAAUCGGCUCUUUGCCCGUUGAGGAAACAGGAGUGACUUCCACAGACCCUGUGGCAAAGCUACCCCCUGGUGACGAGGAACAUUACGACUCUUCAGUUGGAAGUGCUCUGCUAAGAAUAUUCAACAGGAGAGCUGGUGGUGGUAGGUCUGGUGGUGGUGGUGCCUCAUCAGGUGCAAAGGGUGGUUCCAGUGGCUCCUCGGGUUCUUCUUCAGGAACAAAAGGUGGUUCGUCUGGGAGCGGAAGUGGCGAAGGUUCCAAUGGGGCCCCACCGGCUUAUUCUCCAAAGGACCCAAAUGCACCCCCAGCAUACUCUCCUAAAGACCCUAACAGUGGGAACUCGGGUAAUACAGGUAACACAGGUAACACAGGUAACACAGGUAACACAGGUAACUCGGGCAAUACAGGUAACUCAAACAGUGGUAGUAACGUUGGUGCUGGUGCGAUCGGUGCUGGUGCUAUUGGCGCUGGUGCUGCAGCUGGUCUCGCGAGCAGUCAUAGUGGAUCCAAUGGUACAUCUUACACGAAUUCUACAUCCGAUACAGAAUCUAGCAGUCCAGGGAGCUCUUCAAGCACCUCUUCUGCCACGUCCAGCUCUUCUGCUACGUCCAGCUCUUCAUCCACUACCGCUUCACGUGAGAACGCUGGUCUAAGAAACCAGAUUGGUCAUGGACACAUUUUGGGUGGUGUCGGCAUUGUCUGCAUGUUCCUAUGA